UUGAUGGCAAAUCACGUCUCCAGACAACAGACUGUAAAAAAAAAUCAACAUGGCGGCUGCCAGUAGCACCAUCCGUGACAAACAGAUUGCUUCACUGAAGCGUAUGCUGAACCUGAAUGCACCGGUAACAAAGAGCAGCCUUAACGAACCAGUAUGGAAGAUACUGGUAUACGAUCGCUUUGGACAGGACAUUAUUUCUCCAAUUCUGUCCGUCAGAGAACUCAGAGAUAUGGGUGUCACUUUGCAUUUACUACUCCAUUCAGAUCGUGACCCCAUUCCUGAUGUUCCAGCUGUAUAUUUUGUUCUUCCAACCGAAGAGAAUGUUCAACGGAUAUGCAGGGAUUGUCAGAGCCAGUUGUAUGAAUCUUAUUAUCUGAAUUUCAUCUCGGCCAUCUCGAGGCAGCUUCUGGAAGACUUGGCCGGUGCUGCACUACAAGCUAACAAUGUAUCACAGAUAUCUAAAGUUUUUGAUCAGUACGUCAACUUCAUCUCUAUGGAAGAUUUCUUCUUCACAGUCAGACAUCAGAACAGAGAUGCCAUCUCAUACUACAGUAUGAAUAAUGCCUGUGUAAAGGACACAGAGAUGGAGGCCAUUAUGGAUACCAUUACAUCAAGUCUCUUCUCUGUUUGUGUCACUCUGGGCACUGUGCCGAUUAUCAGAUGUCCAAAGGGAAAUGCGGCCGAGAUGGUGGCUGAGAAACUUGACAAAAAACUUCGGGAGAACCUGCGAGAUUCUCGAAACAGCCUCUUCACAACGGACUCCAUGCAGUCAGGACAAUUCAGUUUCCAGCGACCGUUGUUAGUGAUUCUUGAUCGGAACUUGGAUCUAGCAACUCCACUUCAUCACACCUGGACCUACCAAGCUUUGGCACAUGAUGUACUGGAUCUGCAGCUGAACCGAGUCGUGAUCGAGGAGACCGUAGAUGUAGGUCACUCCACCACGGGGUCACGACCCAAGAAGAAAACCAAGUCAUACGACUUAUCAUGUCAAGAUAGAUUCUGGUCAUCGCAGAAAGGAAACCCCUUCCCAGAGGUAGCAGAGGCGGUACAGAGCGAAUUAGAAACUUACAGAGCAUCUGAAGAUGAAGUCAAGAAACUCAAAGCAGCCAUGGGCCUUGAAGGAGAAGAUGAGGGCGCUAUCAGUAUGUUAUCUGAUACUACAGCUAAACUCACUUCAGCUGUUAGUUCGUUACCAGAGCUACUUCAGAAGAAGAAAACCAUUGACAUGCAUACCAACGUGGCUACGGCACUCUUAGACCAAAUCAAGGCGCGUAAACUGGACGUCUACUUUGAGUUGGAAGAGAAACUGAUGAGUAAACAGUCUCUAGAUAAAUCCCUGAUGGAUGUUAUAACGGACCCGGAUGCAGGAUCACCAGAGGAUAAGAUGAGAUUGUUUGUCAUCUUCUUCAUCUGUACACCCACCAUGAGUGAUGCGGAGUUCGACCAAUAUUCAGUUGCCUUGGAGUCUGCAGGAUGUAAUUUAGCUCCGCUACGCUACGUCAAGAGAUGGAAACACUACACUAAGAUGACAACAGCACCUAGUCAGUACGGAGGAGGGGGCACCAAGACCAUCAGUAUGUUCUCCAAACUAAUGAGUACUGGCUCACAGUUUGUUAUGGAAGGAGUCAAAAACUUUGUUGUCAAGAAACACAAUUUACCAGCAACCAGAAUCGUGGACGCUUUGAUGGAAGUCAAAAGCAACCAGGAAACGGACGAUUAUCGCUACUUUGAUCCCAAACUGCUGAGAGUUACUGACAGUUCUGCCAUCCCUAGGAACAAGAUGCCAUUCCAAGACGCCAUUGUGUUUGUCGUUGGUGGCGGCAAUUACAUCGAAUACCAGAAUCUCAAUGACUAUGUCAAGAGUAAAUCCAGUACAGCUGGGUCCAGCAAGAGAAUUACGUACGGAUGCAGUGAAUUAUUCAAUGCUGACCAAUUCUUGAAACAGUUAACACAUCUUGGGGAGGAGAGCGUCUGAUGAUGAAUCCUACACAUGUACAGCAUUGACCCCUAAUCAACCUUUAUAAAAUUGCACAUUAUUAUCUAUCUGUUGUAAAGAGAGUAUUAAUUUAACUUGAGUGGCGGAGCUUUUGAAAAAUAUCUCAUCACUUCAAAGAAACUGAGUUUAGUUUUUCCUAAGACCCUGACCACCAUCUAUAAUUCACUAGACUAAUGCAGAUUGUUAAUUGCAUUGGGCUCCUUGCUGGUUAAGCAUUGAUGAAAGACAUUCUAAAGCCUGGUUCGUACUUCCUGCGAAUGCCUCGAGCGAAGCGAGUUUCUCUGCGUCACAAAGGGAAAUGGAGUGCGUACCGAUUGUUGCGUCACCCAAAUUCGCUUUGCAUUUGCUUUACUUGCAGGCAGUUGCUAGUAAAUGAGUGAUGGAAUCAACAAUACAAAUCUAUAGUGAAGGAGCUUUCUCAUCCCAAACUCCUUUUGCUUAUGUUUAAGCAAAUGGUUGGGCUCAAGUUAGCACAACUGUUAUUCUCAACUGAACUUCUAAAACUUUGUUAUGUUGGUAAAGGUUUUAUUAUUUUAUUUGAAAAGUAUAAAACAUUGGUCAUGUAGAUUAUGUAUAAAAGCCAAUUUACAUCGAGAUUCAAGAGUAGAGUAGAGUAAAAAAACUAUAAUAAACCUUAAAUUGCCAGUUACAGAGUGUACAUGUGACAUUGUAUUUUGACUGGUAGCUUUCUCUGGGACGCAAAGUUUUGUUGUCUACUUUUUUUGCUUAAGCAGCUCUACGGAAUUAGGCCCAACUCAUUUCCUCUUCUUCAGAAAACUUUAAAAUGCAGUGCAAAGUUUGACGUGCUUGCCAUUUCCUCUGUUUGCAGUAAAACAAAAUGCAUCUCUGCAAGUACUGUUUCUUGUAUCAUGUAAUGGGCCUAAUUUCAUAAAGCCUGCAAGCACAAAAACUUGCUAAGCACUGAAAAGUAUUGCUUUACAGAAACUGGUUUCAAGCCAAAAUUCUAUAACAAUUUACAUUGUUUCAUGAGCCCAGAUGAGAGCGGUUUUACAGCUGUGGUCAUCAAGAAUACAAAAUGGCUGCUGCUAUGUGUAUAGAUUCACUGUGUUCUAAUUGUAAAGGACAUUGGCUGAUGAUAAAUCUAGUUUCUGUACCAUGUUCAUACAUGGGCAGUUGUGACAAACUACGUUUUAAUAUGAUUGUACCUGUCCUAUGAAAAUAAUAAAUGUAUUGUAAAGACAUGAAUCAA